AUGACCAAAUUCAUUCAAACUUCAGAAUCUCGAUUCCAAUCUACCGAGACAACACUAAGAAAUCAACAAGCCUCUAUCCAUAAUCUAGAAAUUCAGUUGGGUCAAAUUUCUAGACUCCUCUCAGAAAGACCCCAAGGAAGCUUGCCUGACAAUACUGAGACUAAUCGUAGGGAGCAAGUGAAUGCAGUAACAUUAAGGAGUGGCAGAACAUUACAAGAGAAGGGGAAGCAAGAAACAGAAAAAGAUGCAGUUGAAGAGGAGGAUAAAUGUCAAGAGGAGGCUGUGGAAAAGCCCCCUGUAGUGAAAGAAUUCAUACCCCCACUUCCCUACCCAGCAAGAUUGAAGAAAGACAAGGAUGAUGAACAAUUUGGUAAAUUUCUAUCUUUAUUUCGUCAACUUCAUAUUAAUUUACCGUUUGUUGAUGCCUUGGCACAGAUGCCCAAGUACGCCAAAUUUCUAAAGGAUCUACUGUCCAACAAGAAGAAAUUGAAGGAAUUGAUAGUUGAUAGGGCUUUAGCUGAUUUAGGUGCUAGCAUUAAUUUGAUGCCAUAUUCUGUUUUUAAGAAAUUAGGCUUGGGAGAACCUAGGCUAACUAGAAUGAGUAUUCAACUAGCUGAUAGGUCAAUUAAAUAUCCUAGAGGUAUCAUUGAGGAUGUGCUUGUAAAAGUGGACAAAUUUAUUUUUCUUGUUGAUUUUGUGAUUCUUGAUAUGGACGAGGACAUUGAUGUUCCCUUGAUCUUAGGUCGUCUAUUUUUAGCUACUGCAGGGGCUAUAAUUGAUGUGAGGGAUGGAAAGUUAAUUUUGAGAGUUGGAGAUGAAAAAGAAUUUUUGAUUUCAAACCCAUUGAAAAGAAGCUUAGUUCAUGAAGGAGGAAAAGAUGUCACUAAGCCAUUAUGGAGAAAGAGGGACUUUGAAGUUUUGGAGUGGAAAUCAAAGAAGCAACCCAACCCAUCCAUUAAUGAACCACCAGAUGAAAAAUUGAAGGCAACGUCCAAAUACCACAUCCUAGAACCCCGAAAUUGUUUGAGGUACCGAUGUGGAAAGCAAGAGGUGGAAUUUCCAUUAAUUCCUUGUGCUAACUGGGAUGGAGCAUAA